AUGUCUCAUCGGUUUUCUCCACCAGUAUCUUUACUCAAAUCUUACACAUUUUCACUCGGUACCCAACUUAUCAAUUCGAAAUUUCUUCCCAAGCAUCGUUUGCUUUUAAUCGAACACGAAACGCCUGUGGAACCUUUCCGUUCAAAACUAUUUCCGUCGGGAAAUAUAUUUAUCAAACGUGACGAUCAACUAGAUUCGUACGCAAGUGGAAAUAAACUUCGAAAACUAGAAUUUCUCUUUGCGGACAUACUUUCACGACCUAAUUGUAAACAUAUAAUCACUGCCGGAUCGUUACACAGUAAUCACUGUAAAGCAGUCGCUGUGCUCGCAUCUAAAUAUCGUAAACAAACGCAUAUUCUACUCCGUACAGAUCGAACUAAGGACGAUGAGCAAAUUCUUCAAGGCAAUGUCCUGUUGAAUUAUCUCUUAGGUGCGAAACUUUAUCUUAUACCGAAAAAAGCAAAUAUUCAGCGCGAUAUUGAACCACGAGUGAAAUUAUUGGAAGAACAAUUAGGCGGACAAGAUAAAUGUUAUUCAAUACCAAUUGGAGGAUCGGAUACUACAGGUAUAUUCGGUUAUAUCGAUUGCUUUGUUAAAGAAAUACUUCCAAUAAUUGAUAAAUUUAAUCUUGGUCAUCUGGUUCUGCCGAUGAGUAGCGGUGGUACAAUGGAAGGACUUGCUCUUGCCAAUUAUUUCACUGGUAAUCGUUUACGAAUUCAUGCAUUCGCUGUUUCCGACAACAAAACUUAUUUUAAAACGCAUUUUAAAACGAUUUUACAUCAAUUAGAACUGAAUCAUCUAACAGAACUUGUUGACAACAAUCAACUUGUUGAUAUCUGUGAUUCUCAUGUUGGCUUAGGUUACGGUCGUAUGACAGACGAGCAGAUCAUCUUUCUUCGACAGGUUAUUAGUGAAACAGGAAUUCUCUUCGAUCCUGUCUAUACGGGCAAAUGUUUAUGGGGUUUAGCUGAAGAGCUACGCAAUCAACGAAUGAUAACUGAUGGAAAAAAUAUUUUAGUUUUACAUACAGGUGGUUUACUUGGUUUGAUGAAUCCUGAAUACGGACAGCAAUGGUUAAAAUGCAAUCAGAGUCACUCUGAUCCUCAUAUACGCGACUGGAUGACACUUGAUUAG